CGAUAAAUUUUCAUUCCAAAUUGGGUGUUUAAUUUUUUUUCUUUUGAAAUAAUUAUGGAACAAAGUCAAGAUAGUUUUUCGGGUAAACAUCAACAAAUCGACAAUGAUGAUAACGGAAGCAAAACAAAACAAACGGUAAAAAGUGUGGAUGAAAAAUCAAUUGUCGGACGAGAUGAAUCCUGUGUAAAGGCAAGAAUUAAACGUUAUCGUUCAUUAUCGAAUCGAAAUAGUACAACAACAGUUGCAAGCAAUGAUAGUAAUCAGGUAAUUGAAUAUGUAUCGGAUAAGCUAAAAAUACCAAAAGAUCCAGAAACAUCAUGUUCAAUGAAAAUGAAAAAACAAGCUGAACUAAUCAAACGAUUACUUGAACAGCAUAAAAUUCAGAUUAGCAAACAACAACAACCACAAAGUUCAGAACAAAAUCAACAAGAAGAAUUAAGUGAAUCGGAUAAAGAUAGAAUUAUUGGUGAAGUGACAGAAAAUUUUGAUGAAUCAAUGCAUGAUUUUUCUGAUGUACUUCAACAUGAUUUAAUGGCAAGUGGAACACAACAUUUUUUAAAUAUUAUGUUGGGUAUUUAUAUGAUUUCUACAACCAUACCAUUAAUGAUACAUUAUACACAACCACGAUUAAUUUAUAUUGGUAUUUUUUUCAAUUUAUCCAUACUGUUUCUAAUAAUACGUUGGUCAUUUGGUCUUCGAUUUCAUCCAGAAUUUAUGUUGGGAAUAUUUUUAAAUAUACCAUUAUCUGGUUUUUAUUUUUCAUUUAUUUAUAGUAAAACACCAAAACCAAAAAAAUCAUUAGCAAAACUUAUAAUACAUGUAAUGAUACAGGAUGAAAUUGAAAUAUUUUCAACAACAACAACAUCAAAAAAAUCAUCAUCAAUCAGUAUUGAAAAAUCACAAUCAAAACGAAAAUCAAGUUUAACAGCGACCGGAUCGAAACAAAAAUCAAGUUUAACAGCAACCGGAUCAAAACAAAAACAAGAAUCCGAUAAUGCCGGUUAAACACUGAUGGAAUUAUAGUUUGAUAAAAUGAGUGAAUAAAUAAUUUUAAUUUAAAAAAAAAUUAUAAACAGAAUAAAUAAAUAAAUAGUUUUUUUGUUCGUUGA